AUGGAGAAAUGGGAAAUGGAGCUUUACAGAAAGGAACAGAGACUGGAUAAUCUUCAGUAUCAUAAACUUGCCAGGAUCAGCAAUGAAGUCAAAAGGGAUUUAGACUGGAGAAGAGAGGUGGUAUAUAGUGGAUGAUCAGCUGAUUCAUUGAAGAUUUUGAAGGGAAUCAGAAAGAUGAGGGUGAUUGCGAAGGGACAGAUCAAAAAGACUUGGAUUAUGACAAAUAGGAGUGAUAAUAAGGUCAGGAAUUAUAGUAAAAAUAUUCCUAUUCUGAGAGCACAACAGACCAAAAUUUCUGGAUUCUCAACUUUGAGCAAGAAUGACUUUAUCUCAAACUAUAAAUUCAAAUCCAUAAUAUCCCACACAAUUGCCAAAAUCGAAAUCAUGGCCUUCUACUUCACUCCUAAGACCUUCCUCACCCUCUUCACUUGCGGCUACUCCAUCCCCCACAUAAAAAUCAGCUUCUCCUUCAUCCAAGCGUUCACCCCAUCCCUCAGCCCUCACAUCCCUUCCAAAACCACCCACCUCGAACUCCUAGGUAACACUCUUCCAUUCAGAGUAGACUCUUCUCCAGAAUUCCCAUUCAAGUACAACUCCACUUGUUUCUUCCUCUACUUGGUAUCGACCAGCACGCUCAGGUUUAGCCUGGAGGAAGUCAAGUUUGUAGCCAGGGCUUCUGAGGAAGAUAAUUUGGAGAGUUAUAUUGAGAUGUAUGGAGUGCAGGAUUUGAAUGUGAUUGAAUCAGAGAUUUAGAAGGGGAUGAUAGGUUUUUAUAAAAAUUGGAAGAGUAGGUGAAGGAGAGGGUUGAGGACGUUUUGGAGAGAUUUUGAGGGGUUAUAUUGGGUGGGAGUAUUAGGGUGUUUGAUAUGGAUUGAAAUUUUAAGAUUAUUUGAGAAAGAAGAUUGAGGUAAGGGAAUAGUUUCACCUGAAACGAUAAAAACAAAGACUUCAUGAGUUUUCAAAUCAUAUAUUAACUUGUAUUUUCGCUUUUAAAGUGAGUACCAUUAAAAAUGUUCUUUAAAAAAUUUAUUCGUUUUGUCUCAAAACUACAAUACAUCUGAAUAAGCAUCGUUCAUAUAUUAACUUUCAAAUAAUAUCUCAAUAAAGAUCUUAUUUAAUGAUAAAAAAAUAUAAAAAUAACCAUAGAACUUCAUAUUUCCCAAAUUCCCUCCAAUCCUCUUUAACCUCCUAAUACCCAAAUUUCCCACCCAAACCCUGCUCAACCCUCACCUACCCCCAAAAUCUCUCCUCAUCAACCCACACUUCCCACACAAGACCCUUCUUCCUAGCCUCAGGACCACAAUUCGCUUCUUUUUUCAAAAUUCUUCACACUAAGAAUGACCACAGCUCACAAAUAUACUAUCCUUAAUACCCAGAGUUCAAGGUCCUGACACCGCAUCCUUGUGUUUCUGUAGCUGGAAGGAAGAGUUUGGACAAGGAAACUCCGUGGGUCGUGUGUAAAGGGAAAGAAGACUAUAACAAGCGAGGAAGAAGAGGAGUAGGGGUGAUGAGAUUAAGUAAGAGAGGAAGUAUGAAGAGAGCAUAUAGAUGAGGGUGGUUAGUCUUGGAGUUAUUUGGAUUGGAUGCAUUUCGGUGGUAUGGGGCCAAAUGAUCUUUCUCUAUGGAGCUAUAGAUUAUUAUGCCUUGAAAGAGCUCAGAUUGAUAAGUUUAUAUAGGUACCCUGCAUCAGACUUAUCAUAACCUGCCAUUUAUAAGACUUGUCUAACACAACUUUCUAACCUAAUCCAUCUAAAAUAUUACGCUCUACUAAACUUCUAACCCCCCAAACCCACAAACCUUUAUCCAUCCCUUCCAUCCAACCUUAAACCCCCUCCUUCUUCACUUACAGCCCUCACUUUUCCUUCUCCAGUCCGCCCAAGAAAUAUUUUCAACCCCCUAAAGAACAAAAUCAGUAUUUUUUGUUCGGGAUGCCAAUGAGAUUUGUACUGUAGAGACAAGCUGAAGGAAGAGGUAGAGGAUUUUGAAAGAGAGUGAAGAGGUGGAGGAGGGUAAAGGAUAGAUUUAGGAAGGGCUUUGGGUAUUGAGAGUUAAGAAAAUGAUGAUUUUUGGUAGAGGAUUGAGUCAUGGAAUUGGUUAAUUGCUUUACUUGGAGUGGUUAAUUUCAACCAGGUCAUGUGGUUUAGUGGGAAGUGAUCAUAGUUGUUCAAUAGAGAGAUUUUAUUGGAAAAAUUGCAUUGAUAAGUUUUGAAGUCUUAUAACUUUGGAGCUCAGAUCUUCGAAUUUUAAUCAAUUUUAU